AUGGUGCGGUUGGACCACCCUAACGUUAGUAAAUUCUAUCAGUUCUACGAGGACGCGAGCCAUAUUUACUUGAUUUGCGAGCUGUUGACCGAGGGUGACUUCAGCGCCCUGAACAACAAAUGCGAGCAGUCGGUGUUACAGGUGCUUUUCCAGGACGUCUUUCGAGGCGUCGCGUAUUGCCAUUCUGAGGGCAUCGCCCACAGAGAUCUGAAGUUCGAGAACUGCCUCCGCACGAAGGGGAGCGACCGCAUGAUUGGCAAGGUCAUAGACUUCGGCCUCUCGGCCAUCAAGCCCGACAGCGUCGCCGGCGAGCUGUACAUGAAGGAGUCGCUUGGCACCAAGUUCUUCGUGGCCCCGGAGGUGAUCGAGAGGAGGAGCUACGGCGUCAAGUGCGACUGCUGGUCGCUAGGCAUAAUGAUCUACAUCGUCUUGACGGGCGAGUUUCCCUUCCAGGAGAACAACGAGAAUGCUCCAAGCAUGCCCACCGACAAGCUGUUCCAGCGCAUCCUGCAUUCCAAGUUCAGAUUGAGGCCAUUGGACAAGGCCCACGCGCCCGUGUCUGCCGUCCAGUUGAUCAAAGGCCUCUUGAACAAGAACCCGACGGACUCGGGCCGCCUGGACGCGACCACGGCGCUGGAGAUGCCCGGGUCGUGGCUGAGCGCCGAGUCCUCGAGCACGCAAGCCAGCGACCUGAAGCGGGGAUUCUCGCAGAAGAUGACCUUCGGCCUACGAGGAUGCAGACGUUCGCCGAGAUGA